CAGUUUUUCAGGGAAGUAUACGGAGAGACAAGAGGUUCGACAGUCUGGCUGUGUAACAUUUAGUGACGUGAAGAAGUCAUUUUUUGGAAAAUAAAACUAUAGUCACACGUACCUUUCUCUGCCGGCUGCGUCAUGAGCUAAAACAUGGGACAUAUCUGAAUCUGAGGAAAGCGACGCUGAAACAAAACCCGAUUUAAACCGCGAUGGGAGCAGUCAAAUGGUAACAGUCAGCACAGACUUCAUAGAGGAUCACAGUCCGUCAGCCACAAAAUGCGAGUCUGGUCAAGCUUCGGCUCUGUCUCCCCCGCGUCCAGAUGGAUGUGACACACCAAGUCCUGCAAGAAAACGCCGCACCAAGGAGGAGAUAGAAGCGGACAAAGAGACAGCCAAGGAGAGGAAGGAGGCGAGAGAGAGGCAGAGAGCUGCCAGAGCCCGGGAGAAGGAGGAGAGGAGACAGGAGCAGCAGAGGAGGAGAGAGGCUGCGGAGAAUCUCAAGAGUCUCAGGCCAGAGAACUGCCUCAAGUGUCUGACGGUCUGCAUUGAUCCAGCUCUUCUGCAACAGGAUGGCUCAGACAUCUUGCUGAACACCCUGGCUACCUUUGAGUGGAGGUUUAGCAUAGAGAGCCAGCAGCUCCCGCGCAGUAUUACCUGGACCAGAGAUAUACCUCAGCAGGGAGAAGAUGGCAAGGGGUCGGUGGGGGAGGAGCAAGUGGUUCUGGUGCUGGAUCUGACUGACUUCAUGGACAUGGUGAUCUCUCUGAAGAGAAUGCUAGAGAAUGAAGGGGAGGAGACGGAGGUGGGGUCUUUCCUCAGUCCUCUUUUGGAGUGUCUCAACCGCGAUGCCAAGAAGGUGGUCACUCUUUUAGUGACUGACACUCUGCCAUAUUACAGGUCAAAUACUUGUGUUGUGCAUUUACUAGAUGAGACGCUGCAAUCCAAAUUAGGGAUGGAGUAUCAGGACAUUGAGGAGGUUCUUGUGUACCUAGAGCUCUGCAAGAAUAUCUCACUGGUCUUCCUGGAUGGCUGGCAGGAGGUCACUAACCAUGUGUGUGCUGUCACCAAGGCCUUAUCAAAGCGCCCUUUCAAACUGCUGACAGAGCGAGCAGAGCUGCCCUUCUGCGUGGAUGGUUCAUGGGCCAGCGGCGUUCGGGUGGAGAGGGACGGCUCAGGGCUGAUCCAGGUCUGGAGCAAGCAGAUCCAACAGCUGAACAGAGUCAGCCCAGCCGUGGCCUCCACUGUGACUGUAGCCUACCCGUCUCCUCAGCUGUUGCUGCAGGCGUACAAGAGCUUGGGGUCUGAGGAAGCCAGAAAGGGGCUGCUGGCUGGUCUCUUAGUGAAAAGUGGAGGUAAAGAGAGACGUAUAGGACCGGAGAUAUCAGCCAGAGUUUACCGCUGCUUCACCGCCCAGAACCCCCAGCUGGUCCUGGACUAAUUUGUCAAUUUGAGAACGAGAUGGACGUCAGCGAGGAUUAAUCCGGUUUCUAAUGACACUUUGUCACCACUUGGCUGCAAAUAUGUUAAUGAUGAUGUUUACAAGCUAAAAAUAUGCCUUAGAUAUCAUGUUUACCUUCCAGCAAAGCACUAUUUAUACCCCUCUGAACUUCAACAGUCAAGCAACAAAAGAUAUUAAUAGAGUAUAUUUAGUGAAAUAAGGAAUUAUAUGUAUUAUUUUAUGGAAGCCUAUAGGGAAUUAUAUGAAAAUAAAAUUAAAAUAUAAACUCGAACACUUAAAUGUAAUUCCACAAUAGCAUUAUAAUUUCCCACAUAUGUAUGUAUGUGUUACAUGAGUAAAAAUGAAAAUGCAAAUUGGAUUAUUGAAUUUCCCCCCACAUACUCGUAUGGGCUAUCUAUCGCCAUAUUCAAAUACAAAAAAUGGGAAAAGCUGCUUUACAGUGGCAACUUCCAAUGUUAAUUUAAAUUUGAAAAUUCAAAUGCAAUAUAAACAUGUAACCUGAUUUUCCAUUUUUGCAAGCAAUAAAAUGAAAAUGCAAUCUAUCAGUUCCUUUAAACAAGGCAGGUCUUCAGUUAGGGUGUCACUUUCUCAUUCACUGACUUGGCUCAUUAACUUUUACAAGUACUUACCGACCUGGGCCAGCACUAUGCGCUAACUGGAAGUAGAGUGUUUGUCUGUCACUGGGGCAAUGGCAGUUAUGCUGGUGGGGGAAAUAACUGAACUUAAACUAACUAAAUCAAUAUGGGGUGAACUGUGCUUCUCUAAGGCCUCUGCAGCCUCUCAGAGGAGCAGUGCUAAGGACUACAACAUCAAGCAAUGGCCACAAAAGUCAGGUUCUGGUAGUUUGCCUAUGUUGUCCCGCCUACAGAGAAUGAUUGAUGCCCUAACUGAAGAUGAGAGGACUGACAGAUUGAAUUUUCAUUUUGACACCAAAAGAGCAUGAUACCUUGUAAAUGCAAUGGACUGGGGUCGCUGUUUCACUUAUUGCUUUGAAUACUGUACACUUUACAGCAGAAUAAGUCUUUGAAAAUAAACUCUCAAAUGCA